GUUUCCCAUCAUGCAACGCGUUUUCAAAAUGGCCCCGGAGUGCGUUGACGACAACCAAAAUAGAUGUCAACCCCUUUGGUUUUCGCACCAUUGAGGUUAUUUGUGUUAUUGUUGUCAACAGAAUUUUGCAAUGCCGAAAUAUUACGACGAUAAAGAGGAAGAUAACCGAGCCUGUGCUGGGCUAAGAGAGGACUUUAAAGCUUGUCUCCUUCAACAUGACUGCGUCCUUAAGGAGGGCAAAAUGCCCAGCGAAUGCUUGAAGGAAGGCCACUGCAAAGCCCUGCAGACUGCAUUCUUUGAGUGCAAGAGAUCUAUGCUGGACGCAAGAUCAAGAUUCAGAGGAAGAAAGGGAUAUUAAAGAACUAACAUGGGAUCUAUAUUAAAGACUGCAAGAACUGUGCCAGUUAAGCUUCUCUUCCUGCUUGCUUGAACAGCUCAGGAUGUCGGAGAGCAACAAAGGACUGACAAAGUUUCAAGAAAAGUUAUUUCACACUUAAGCAAAUUAAGACAGACAUUUUUGCUUUUACCAUUUAUUAGUUUUUGCAGUUUAUGAAAUUGUGCCUAUUGUUGGAAACUAGAUAGUAGAGCCACACUGAAAAUAAAGUUGAUUUAUGAGUCAAGAACAAGA